AUGGUCUUUCUACAUCUUUUCAUUGUCAAUAAAUCUGGUGGUCUCAUUCAUCACCGUGCUCUAAGUCCCAAAGCUCCCCAAAUUGGCACCAACGAAUGGUUGCGCAUUGGAUCCACCUUUCAUUCCUUGUAUGCGAUUGCCAAUGAGGCCUCGCCCAUGAAAUUAUCUCAAAACAAGAACGUGAGUGGAGCGGAUGAUGGAAUUGAAGAAAUUCAAGCGGAUGGGCUGGUGCUACGGUGUUUGCAAACGAGGACGGGAAUCAAGUUUGUAGUCACUGCGGAACCGGGGACAAGUGAUAUUGAUCAAGUCCUCCGCGAGAUUUAUAUUUUGUACACCGAUUGCGCCUUGAAGGAUCCCUUUUACGAAUUGGAAAUGCCCAUUCGGUGUGAACUGUUUACUACCUCGGUGGAUGCGUUGAUUCGAACGAUGGAACGGUCCGCACGUCUAGGAAUUCGAUAA